ACUUUACUAUUUCGUAUUUACAUUUUACUGUGAAAUGUGAAUAUUCUGAAAACAAAAACUGCAGCUUUCAGAAAAAAAUACAAACAAACGGCCUGAUAUUAAAACAAAAAUACGAUAGUUAUUAGUUCCAAUACCAUUAAUAAUCAUACAUAAUCCCAUUAUUGUUAUACACAAUCAUCAAGUAAUGCAUUGGAAUAUUUUUACUCGAUUUCGAUGAAAAACAAGUAGCUUUGAUAUUGAGUCCUUUCCACUUUCCUUCUGUUAGUUUUUACAAUGGAUUCCGAAGAUUCCAAAGAAAUAAAGGUAGAGACUAAUAAUGCACCGAUUUGCCGAUGUUGCUUAUCUACGGACCGGCGUAUGAACAAAAUUGAUAAUUUUUGCUACCUUCUUUUGGAUUUGGCUGGUAUUAUUGUGUCAGAAUCAGAUGGUCUUCCCAAAUAUGUAUGUUGGGAGUGCUCUGCUUUGCUUAGGAAAUCUGUGAAGUUCAAACAGAAAGUAUUACAAAUCCAUUCAGCAUUGUGCGAUUAUAAUAAUAGAUGUGCUCCUUUCUCAAUAGAUGGCCAAGACCCAGAGCUUACUCAAUAUGCAAUGCCAUACUUAGUUAAAACCCCCACACUGACGUUUUGUAACAAUCCAAAGAGCAAAACUGGGUUUUAUGAUGUAUUGCAGCAUGAGACACAAAGACUAGGAAUAGAGUUGUUACCUCUACCGCAGGAUAUUAGUGCAGACAUAAAACAUGACAUUAUUGACAAUGAUAAUAUAAUUAGUGAUUUAAUCAAGAAUGAAAAUGUUCAGACUGAUAAUGAAGAAGACUAUAUACCUGAUAAUGGUGAUAGAACAAAUGAUACAGAUGAUUCAAAUGAAAGUCUUUUAGAUGUUAAGAAGUUACGAGUGAGAAAGAGAGUGAAAAUUAAGAAUAAAGAAGAUACAGCUGAAGUGAAGGUUAACCGUAGAGUAAAAAAUAGUAAGCCGGACAUAGAUGAAACUAAGAUACGCAUUCUACGAUUAGAUCCGAUGGAACAGCUAAGACAGCGAGAGGAGGAAUGUAAAAAGACACUCACCUUCCCAUAUGUAUGUCAUUUGUGUUACAAAGGUUUUAUUUACGAGUCUAAACUACAAAAUCACAUGAAGAAACACAGUCCUUCACGUGGUUCGUACAAAUGCGAGAUAUGCUCUAUGUAUUUACCAACGAACUACAGUCUGUCCGUACAUAUGUUGAUACACACGCGGCGGUUCGAAUGCUUGCAAUGCGGACGACAGAUGACCGACAAGGAUUCUAUUAUUAAUCAUUAUAGAACAGAACACGAAGGUAUUAUAUCCAUGUUCACAUGUCAUGUCUGUGGAAAGAUAUUCAAUAAUUCUAAAACGCUCCGCGGCCAUGUUCGUAAUCUUCACACACUGAAGCGGGUGAAAUGCGACGAAUGCGACAAGACACUCAUCAACGCCGACGCAUUGGCUGAACAUAAAUUGAUCCACCAAGGCGUAAAGGAGCACGCGUGCGGUGUUUGCGGCAAGCGGUUUCGUACAAGACAACAGAUGCGGUAUCAUCAGACGAGGCAUAGCGAUGCUAAGAAUUACUAUUGUGUGGAGUGUGAUAUUAGAUUUAAAACCUCGCACGCGCUGAAUCAACAUCUCAAAAAGACUGCCAAACACAUAGAUGAACAAAGUCUUAUUCACCCGUGUCCCCGAUGUAGCAAGCGCUUCACAAACCUAUCAGAAUUGACUCACCACCUCUCCGUCCAACACGACGGUGUUCGCGCCCACCGGUGCCCGACGUGUCCGGCUGCGCUCGCGACAAAAUCGUCCCUACAGAAACACGUGCGAAUGGUGCAUUCCGGUAUUAAGGUGCACGCGAAACACGUGUGCGACACGUGCGGACGUGUGUUUAAUGCAAAAAGCACUCUCACGAACCACAUCCGCACACACACGGGCGAAAAGCCGUUUGAGUGCGAGCAGUGCGGACGGCAUUUCGCCCAACGGACUGCACUCAAGACGCACGUCAAACUCGUGCAUCUGAAACUUCAUAGGAAUGCUAAGAUAAAACCAAAACAACCUGAAGAUAUUAUUAAGUACAAAGAAGAGUCGCCAUUAGUUUUCGAAUGGCCACGACAGAGCGCGCCCGGUUGCGAAUUCUUUACCGUAACAGCCGGACCGUAGGACCAAAACAUAUAUAUAUAUAUAUGUUGGAGAAAUGUCACUCCAUCGAUAUGGACAUCGGCUUAGCGGGUUUAGUGGGUGUUAUGUAGGUAAGGUGCGAGCACAAAAUACAUGAAUAAUCAUCGUACAAUAUUGAAUUUAGAUUCCUUCUAAGUCUACAAAUAACACUUGUAAUUAAAUUAUUCGACGACUCCUUGGUCUAGUGGUUAGUACCCCUGACUGCGAAUCCAUGGGUCCCGGGUUCGAACCCCGGCUGAGACGAACAUCG